UGUAUGUGUACCUCCCCUCAUCAAACGCAGCGCUGGCAACAACGCCAUCUCAAUCCUACCACCAUUAAUCGAAUCCAUGUAUUCCUUCCAGCCGAGUUCUUUGUAAGAAUUCAACGACCUCGGGUCUCGUGUGAUUGUGACCUGGAAGGGACUUGUCCACUCCAGCUUUUUCGCAUACCAUUCUGGGUCACUGACCUCGCCCGUCAAUCUGAUUCUUUCAACCACCUCAAUUGACCGCAAGUGCUUCGCGGAGCGCUUUCGACAGUCACCAAUGCUGGCUGCGCUAGCUCAAGCGUGUAGCGAAACUAUCCUGUCGUCCACCUGCGCCUCCUCUGUAUCCAUUCGCUGGAUGCCCAUCUGCUAUCCUCGGCAGUCUAGGAACUCUCGACACCAUGGUCAACAUCACCUAUGGCGUCCUAGUUGCGCCUCAAGGGACGAGUAAUGCUUCGAGCAACAUCGCUCUUAACGGCACAGACCUCAUUGUCACCUACGACGAAGGGAAGAUCGCCUCCUACAGUCCUGGCGACAUUGCUUGGAUCCUCACUUGCACGACCCUUGUCUGGCUCAUGAUACCUGGACUGGGCUAUCUGUAUUCCGGCCUUGCCCGACGCAAGAAUGCCCUCCAUCUCCUGCUUUUGACUCUCGCCGCUCUCGCCGUCGUCUCAUUCCAGUGGUUCUUCUGGGGCUACUCCUUGACAUUCUCUCAGACUGGCGGCGUCUUCAUGGGCGACCUGCGCAACUUUGGCUUCAUGGGUGUUCUGGAGGCACCGGUCCCGGGUGCAAAUAACAAAUUGCCCGAGAUUGUCUACGCCAUGUACGAAGGCAUGUUUGCUGCUUUGGUUCCCGCAAUCGCCUUGGGUGCAGCGUGCGAGCGUGCUCGGGUCUGGCCAUUCUUGGUCCUCACUUUCUGCUGGACCACACUAGUCUUUGACCCCAUCGCUUGCUGGGUCUGGGCGCCUAAUGGCUGGGCUUUCAAGUGGGGCGUGCUAGACUACGCUGGCGGUGGCCCAGUCGAGAUCGCGUCUGGUAUUACUGGAACCGUCAUCUCUUACUACCUAGGACCUCGCCAUGGGUACGGUACGGAACGCCUCCUUUUCAAGCCGCACAACGUUUCACAUGUUGUUCUUGGUACAGCCUUUCUGUGGUUCGGCUGGAUGGGUUUCAACGGAGGCAGCACCUUCGCUGCAAACCUGAGAGCAGGCAUGUCCAUCGCGACGACCAAUACGGCUGCGUCAUGCGCUGGAUUGACGUGGAUGUUCAUGGAUUGGAGAAUUGAGCGAAAGUGGUCUGUGGUCGGAUUUUGCACCGGUGCGAUCGCAGGCUUAGUCGCCAUCACGCCGGCCGCCGGCUUCGUCGGCGUUCCUGCAUCUGUUCUCAUCGGCGUUGCGGCAGCGGCACUGUCCAACCUGUCGACUAGCCUCAAAAAUUUGGCUCGGUGCGACGACGUCAUGGAUAUCUUCGCAGUCCACGCACUGGCGGGUAUCGUUGGUUUGCUCUUGACCGGCAUAUUUACCCAGGCCAGCGUAGCGAACAACGACGGGUACCUUGUCAUUGAUGGAGGUUGGCUCGAUGGCAACUGGAUUCAGCUUCCAAAGCAAAUCGCUUGGUGUGCAGUAACUGUGGCCUGGGCAGCAGUCGUGACUUGGAUUCUCAUGUUCGUCAUUGACCACAUCCCUUACAUCGGGCCCUUUCGAUCCACCGAACUGGCCGAAAUCAUCGGGCUCGAUGAGGACCAAUGUGGAGAAUACGCGUAUGAUUACGCUCGCGUCAACCGCGAUCUCGAGGGCAACUGCGACCGAAACCUCACCAGCGCACGUGACGAGCCCUAUCUGGAUAUCCAUGAAAGGGUGGGCCAGAACCCGGGUUCUCCCGACAUUAAUAGCGAAGGAACUCGGAGGGACUUUGGUGACCCCGGAGCCAAUGAUGGGAUGGCUACGGGCUCUGAUCAGGAAAAGGGCCAUGGGACCACGGAAAAUGAUGUUGCAGAAGCUACAGAAGCUUCUGCCUCUCCAGCGUGAAAAGUCGCUUUUGUCCUGUAUGAAGAUAGCGGCCAGCAUCGCGUAUUGGAAUCUCUUAACUUAGACGCACGCUGUUUAUUUAUAGCGAAAGCAAAGCCUUGUGCUUUAUACAUUGUUAAAAUCUGGGG